CGGCGCCGGCGGCGGCCGGAGCGGAUUUUGUGCAGUUGGCAAGUCAGAAAGUGGAUCCUUCACUGGGCGUAAGGAAGGAUGAUUCCUUUUCUGAAACAGCAUUAAAAGCCAUACAUCAGAAACAGAUUAACUCCUGUUAUCUUAUGCACAAAGAUUUGGGACAUAAGGAAGAGCUUAAGUAUCAGUUAACCCAAAAAAGCAGCAGCUUAUGUAGUGAGGAAGGAGAUGUGACUGCCUUCCAUGCAUCUACUUCUCAAAUAGUCAAGACAAUUUUAAAUGACCCCGCUCCAGCUCUGUGUUCUGGCAGACUGACUGGCAGAGAUGCGUACAGCUCCUUGGGCUGCGGAUCGUUACUGAUUACAGUGACUCAAGACUGCAAGGUCAUUGAAUCUCUAGAUGGAAGGGACUACCCAACGCUGAACGUGGUUCAGGCACAGACAGGGUCUGAAGAUGGUUACAGGAAGCAAAAGGUUUAUGAGACUGAUGAAUUCAUUCAUUAUUUACUAAACUACUACCAGGCACCAAGCUAUGAACGUGUUUCCUUAGUGACAGAAAACUCUGCAAACAAGUCCUGGUGGAAGAGAGUGGUGUGUGAUGAUGAUAGUGGUUUUCACAUCAGCUUGUGUAACAAGCAAGGUCAGCACUUCAGAGAAGUGAGUCUUGUACAGAACCUCAACAACAGAAAUUACGUUAGUGAUGAUAACUGUAGACUAGUGAUUACAGCUGGGGAAUUUGAAUCAACAGACGCAGUGCAGAAAAAUAAGACCUGUGCAGAUAGGCUUGCAAAAAAGUUGCAAGUACAGAGGAAUGACACACUCACUGUCGAUUACUUACUGCAUGCUGAACCGAAUCAUUCUUUGGAUUGCACUACUGCUGCUCGUGAUGAGGAAUUUGAACGAGAUGGUAGAAAUGAAGUUACCAAACCAUACAAAACCUGUAGAUCUGCUUACAAAUUAAAGGACUUGUUGGAAGAGAUCAGUGAUUCCGAGUACUUUAGUGAGGCAUGCAGCGGUGCAAUGAAGAGAACAGAAAGAAGGAGCAAACAAGUUUACAGCAAUUCUAAUAAAGGGUGCUUGCCUGCAAGACAGAGAGAGAAAAAAUUACUGGUUUACUUUAAGAAUGUAACUCUGGAGGGUCAAGCAAAGGAAAGCAGCAAAUGUAACUUCUGUUCUAAUUCUGCCCAUGAGGGCUUGGCAAGGCAGUGUGAUCAUAACCCUGAAAAGUCAUGCAAGAGGUCUAGCAGUAAAUUAAGGCAUGAAGGACAGAAAAAUGAGAGACGUUUCAGGGAAGAGGAGAGAAAUACUUGCAAAAUGAAGACAAAGAGGAAAAAGCUUUCUUCUGAUUUUUUAUCUGAUGACUGUGGCUUUUCAGAGACCGAGAGCUGCAUACAGCUGGAGUCACUCAGAAAGAUACAAAGAAAAUGUAAUAAAGCGUUCCACAACAAAGUGAAACUCAAGACACUUCACGCGGUCAUGGCAGCACCAGACAUUACCUCUUCUGAUUGCUCCCCACUUCAGGAGACCCUCUGGAGCACAGGAGAUGAGAGGAAAUUAAUAUUGAGAAGAGAGAUGGAUGCAGAUGUCAGAGGAUGCCCUCUCUUUCCUCUCGAGAUAAUUCAGACAAACCCCUGCUCAGAUACUUUCUGUGGAGCAGAGCCCAGAAGAGGAUGCUGAACAGCUACUAUAUAAUAGCUCUUAAGCUCCUGUGUAGAAGUGGGAGAAGAAAGCCCUUUACCUGUUAAAAGUUAUUGGAAAUACUUGGGCUUUUUUUUCCUUAGAUAAUUCCUUCAGUUAAAAUUAUCUAACUGGCAUAGCAAGCCACAGAAACAGAAUCUUUAUUUACCUUUUGGAUACGAGGACCAAAAUUUUCCCCAGAGCCAGACGAGCUUUCGUGGACCAAUUGCUAAGAAUUUGAAGAUUUAUGGAUUGAGAUCUCAGAGAUAAACUCUGAUUGACAUUUACACAAUUCCCUAUGCUUACAGAUACAGUAUUUAGUAAUAUCAAGUCCCUGGAAAAAAAAAACAAAACAAAAAACAAGCACAUAGAUAUAUAAAUCAUAGAGCAAGGAUAUGAAGUGCCUUCUCAAUCAGAUUGUUAAAAAUGA